CCUCCCCGCGAUUUCCGGUAGUUCCGCUUCCUCCGGAAGUCCGAAGGAGCCGCUCUGUCGGUCUCGCUCGUUGGUGGCGCGGUUACAGAGCCCGUUGUCAGGAGCCUUUCAGCCCAGGGGCCGGCGCACGAAACCUAUUUGGAGGUUAUGGAUGAUAAACCCAAUCCUGAAGCCCUAAGUGACAGUUCAGAGCGUCUUUUCUCCUUUGGCGUUAUCGCAGAUGUUCAAUAUGCUGACUUAGAAGAUGGCUUUAAUUUCCAGGGAACCAGGCAGCGAUACUACAGACAUAGUCUUCUUCAUUUACAGGGCGCCAUUGAAGACUGGAAUAAUGAAAGCGGCAUGCCCUGUUGUGUCCUUCAGCUUGGAGAUAUCAUCGAUGGAUAUAAUGCACAGUAUAAUGCAUCCGAAAAGUCCUUAGAACUUGUUAUGGACACAUUCAAGAGGCUUAAAGUUCCAGUUCAUCAUACAUGGGGAAACCAUGAAUUCUAUAACUUCAGUAGAGAGUAUUUAACACACUCUAAACUUAACACUAAGUUUCUAGAAGAUCAGAUUGUACAUCAUCCUGAGACCAUGCCUUCAGAGGAUUAUUAUGCUUAUCAUUUUGUACCAUUCCCUAAAUUCCGGUUCAUUUUACUUGAUGCAUAUGACUUGAGUGUCUUGGGCGUGGAUCAGUCUUCUCCAAAAUACGAGCAGUGUAUGAAGAUAUUGAGGGAGCACAAUCCAAAUACGGAACUGAAUAGUCCUCAAGGACUUUCUGAGCCCCAGUUUGUCCAGUUUAAUGGAGGAUUCAGCCAAGAACAGCUAAACUGGUUGAAUGAAGUGCUUACAUUCUCUGACACAAACCAAGAAAAGGUGGUGAUUGUGAGCCCCUGAAGUAAAAGCCAUGCUUGAAGUCCCCUCCUGACUUCUAGUCACUUCCAUGCUGCCAGCAGAGGGCAUGGGAUUCUUCCUGAGGAGCCUGAGUCUCAGCUUUGCUAGGUCCUUGCUGUGUGACCUUGGGCACCUGUGCUCCCUUGACAAAGAGGAAUAAAACCUCUUCAGACUACUCUCCUAUCAAUUCUCUCCUGGAACAUGUGAUCACCAUCAAUUAUAGGCAAGAACACGAACAUAGGAGUCCCAAAGACCUGGGUUCAAAUGCCAGCCCCUUCACUUGCUGGCUGUAGGUGUGAGGCCCUGGGUAAGGUCCUUACCUCCCCAAGUGUCUGAGCCUGUUCCCGUAUAACGUUCACUUGACUUGAAUGUCAUGAAAUGUACAUUAGACUUUGUAAGUAAACACCUAGCUCAGUAUCUGGAGCAUAGUAAGUGCUUAUCACACGUUCCAUGGAGUCCCAGACACGAGCAACUAAUGCUCCUGCUGUCUGCUCAGUUCUGAGAAAGGGAUGACGUGCAACCUGGAUUCUUGUGGAUCAUUGCAGUGGCAAAGCUUCCGGGAAUCCAGGAACCAAGAGAGGAGUCCAGUAGCAAACACCUGGCCGGGGCUUUGUGUCAAAUACUUUUUAAAUGUUUACCACAAACCUAUGAGAUAAGUAAUUUUAUUCUCCUCAUUUUACAGAUGAGGGAGCUGAGGCACAGCAGUUACUACUUGCCCAAUGUCACUAAGCUAGUAAAUGGCAGAGUUUGGAUUCUAGAGUCCUGCGCUUUACCACCUAGUGAUGCUGCCUCCCCACCCUUCUUGCCCAUGCUCCCCAGCAGCUCAGCUGAGGCACCCUCCCCAGGCCACUCCCACCUCCAGAUUUAUUCCUAUAGCCCCUGUCAGUGAGGACACCAAGUCCUGCACUUUGAGCUUGAGGCCUCUGCUAUGGACGGCACUGGGUGAUGCUGGGGAGAAGGGGCUGAGGUUUCAUCUGUGGUUUAUGCUCAAAGCAGCUGCUGGGUGGGCCGCCAAUUGGCAGAAGUAGCUUUCUAAUCAAGCACACUUUCAAAGGGUCUCAUACUUCCCAGUAUCUGGGAACUGUCCCCAAGGAGCUCAGAUGGCAGCCUGGAUGGCUUCGUGAUCUUGGGAAAUGUAGUUAACCUCUCCAUGCCUUAGCUGGCCGUUGGGAGGAGAUUCAAUUACAUGGGAAGGAAUGAACCUGCACCCUGCAGGGCCUGCCUCUUAAUCACCGGCUGAAAAAAGCAAGCACCUAAGAAACAGGAAGGCCACCCUGGCCAGGACCUCGUUAACCUAAUCCUGUUGGUCUCCUCAGCUCCUGUGGGGCUACUGCAGAGGAGAAACUUCUGGAGCAGAGAGCUCCUUGUCCAGGGACACUGCAUCUGGGUGAGCUGCUCCUUGGAUAUGGUGCAAGUGUGGCCAGGGUGUGGUGUGAAAGGAGCAGAAGUUUUCAGGACUGAAUCUGGACGGACCAGUGUGACAGCUGUAUACUCAGGUGGUACCAGUUUCCCUCUCUGCAGAAGUCCCCCCAACAGCACCAUUCUCAAUGCCAUACUUGGCCUCAUCAAGGGUCUGAUGCAAGACAUUGUAUAUGCAGAAUAUAUUAUUUCAUCCUCACAACAGUUCUGUAUCUUCCACAUUUUAUAGGCUAAGGAAAUAGGUUCAGGGUAGUCAAGUAGCUUUCCCAAAGGCACACAGCAGCAGAAGGGGAUUUGAACCCAAUUUGGGCUAUCUCCAAACCCCACUCUUUUGGAAUAACUGUGGAGGUAUCAGGAUGCAUCUAUUACAUGUCAGGGGACUGCUAGAGACUCAAAGCCCUCCCCUCCUGUCCAUAGGAAAGGAGAUACCCCUUAGUACUGAUUGCUUUGGUGGGGCUCUGGCACCCCACAGUGAUCACCUAUAGGAAAAAAUGGAGUAUCAGAAUAUUGGUCUCUCAGGAACCUGGCUUUGAGGGGUGGUUUGAGGCAGUAGCUGCCCCUUCAUAUGUGCACCCAGGCUCCUGCCAGACAGGUAAUCACAUCGUUCCCUCCUUGUGGCAGAUUGUAUUUCCCAGAAAGUGCCUGCAACAAUACUUCUAGUCCCAUAUGUGCUUCUAGAGCCUGGUCACCCUCUCAGUUUAAAGGUGGAGUCUAUUUCCCUUCCCCUUAAGACUGCCUCAAUGGUUAGACUAUGGCAAGAAAGAUAUGUGACUUCCAAGACAAAUCCUAAAAGGCAACACAGCUUCCACAUGGCUCUUUCUAUUUUGAGCCACUUACCUUUGGAACACCAGCCGCCAUGUUGGAAGGAAGCCCAGGUGACAUGGAGAAGCAUCUGUGAGUGCUCUGGCAGGCACGCCAGCUUGAAUCUCAGCCAUCAGCCAGCAUCAACCACCAGAUGUGUGAGAGAGAGAGCCUUCACAUGACUUCAGGCCUCAGCCUGCAAGCUGUCCCAGCUGAUGCUGAGUGAGCACAGACAACUUAUCUCUGCUGAGCCCUGUCUAAUCUGCAGAUUUCUGAGCAAAAUAAAUGAUGUUAUUGUUU